AUGCAAGGCAUCAAUGUUGAGGCUGCUGUAUGGGUAACCAAAGCAAAUUUGUUGCACCGGAAUCCCACAACAUUAAGACUUCAGCUUGAAUUUCCCAGUUCUUCAGCUGUGAAUGAUAUAUUUUCCCCUAUAUUCUAUCCCAAUGGAAUUCGUGAUGAUACAAAAUUGUUCAUGAAUGAUUUUCAACCGAAGAUUCUUCGCGCUAUCUUUUUUAACAAACAAUCUCUUACUCUUGACCAAUAUUCCUUCAAUUAUGGAUCGUCACUCACUGGGAUGCUUUGGGGCAUGAAAAGUGUCAAUGAUUCAUCUAUUGCACUAUCUGCAAUUCUGGUGCGAUUUCUUCUUUCAGACGACACCGAGUUUGUUCCCAUUGGCAAAAAUUCACAAUCAAACUAUAAAAAGAACUUCUACUCGUAUUGUGCAUUCUUAAAUGGCUCAAAAGGCACCAACUAUAUCAAGCAGCUCUAUUCCUUUUUCAAUCAGCGUGUUUUUCUGGGAAUGCCAUCAGCAGCAGUAUGUUCCACAAAUGAUGACCACGAAGAUGAUGCGGUUACUCGGGCAUUGCUGGCAAUCAGACUUGCUGAUUCACGGCCUGCGGAUACAUCAUCACUUCCCAGCAUUCCGAUUAAUAUUGACACAGAUUUGAUUCCCACUCAAUUCACCACAAUGGAGGUUGAACAUAUAGACGAAAGCUGGCCUCCUGAGGACAAUUUAACUGAGAUUCCUCAGAACAUGAGCAAUGGUAAUGUUCAGGAUCAUGGUCAGGGUCGGGGUCGGGGCAGGAGUUGGGGUCAAGGCCAGGGUCGCAGUCACAGUGAUAGUCAAAUCCAAAGUCAAGAGGCAUCAGUACCAGCUCCAGUCCACACCACACAGAACCAGAAACAGGUAGUAUAG